AAAAAGUGGGAUCCGACGAUUUUUAAAACGUCAACUCUCAUUAGCAUUCAUUAUCUGCCACGUGGCAUCCUCGCAAGAUUCGUUGUUCUAUAAAUAGAGAGCGUUGUCAACUUGCCAUUUUGCAGUCACUAGUAGUUUCAGCAUCAACUCGAGAGAGAGAGAGAGAGGCGAGAGAUGGCAUUUGGAGUUCGCUUGUGUUUGUGUCUCCUGCUUGUCUUUGCUGUAACAUCUUCAGCUCGAAACACCAUUUCAUUCUCAGAUAACGAAAUGGCCUUGGCUAUAAAGGGGAGGUCCUUGAAGAUUACACUGAACGAUUACGGUGACCCAAUAGCAAACCGUGGGCACGAUCCUUCACAAAGAAACAAGAAUUGGGGUGGCAGCGGCGGUGGCCGUAAAGGCUGAGAGAUUCUGUGAUGCUUUCUUUAUCUAAUAUUUUGGAUACUAUAACCUAAAUAUAUAUUGAAUAAAUUAAUAACACCGGCUCACGUUUUGUACUUCAAGGUAGCUGAUUUAUACUCAUUUGCCAGCUAAACAUGUAUUCUCUAAGGCGCCUUAGCUUCCUUGAUUAAUAAUCGUCAUCUUUCUUAAUUUCAA